GAAAACAAAUGGAGAAAAUGAACUUGUCUUUUUGUUUUUUUAUUUUCAGCAAACAGGCCAAGCUGUAAUGGAAAAAGUAGAGCAAUUCUACCAGACUGUGGAGCCCACACUCACCACCACCGUAACAACAGUCACAGGUGUGUACCAGUUCCUCAGUGACCCCCCUCCUGACCUCUACCCCAGCGCUGCGGCGGUGGGCUUCUCCGGCUUCCUGGGACUCUAUUUAGCCAAAGGCUCCAGGGUGAAGCAGCUGGUGUUUCCAGUUGGACUCAUGGCUCUGAGUGCCUCCAUGUUUUACCCUCAGCAGGCUGCGUCUUUACUCAAGGUGAGUCGGGACUCGGCAUACACCUUGGCUCAGCGGGGCCGCGUCACCGUGGAAACUCUCUGGAAAGAGCCUCCGUUUGGUAAAAAGAAGAAAGAAGAAACGGAGAGCAAAGACAAGACCAGCUGAGACGGCAGGAAGACACACACCUGUCCAUCCUGAGAGACCUUCACCUUCCAGUAACACACACACUCUGUGCAACUCAUAUUAUUAUUAUUAUUAUUAUUAUUAUUCCUAUUCACUCACAACCAAACCCCCACAGCCACGCACCACUUAUUUAAGUUGUAUAUCUCAGGAACUCGGGGGUGUGAGUGUGUUUCUGAAACCCCUCCGGCCUCAUCUG